AUGCCCUCCCCACCUCCCGGCGACGGCGACGUUCCCCAGCCGCCGGGAAACCCUCCUCUGCCGGUUGUCAGGAAAUUCCCGGCUCCGUGUUGGACGCAAGACGAAACCCUAGCUCUGAUCCAUGCUUAUCAAGAUAAAUGGUAUUCCCUCCGCCGCCGGAACCUCCGCACUGCUGAUUGGGAAGCUGUUGCUGAUGAGGUUAAUCGGCGUUGCCCUGAUCAAUCGCCGCCGAAAACCUCCGCUCAGUGCCGUCAUAAGAUGGAGAAGCUUCGGAAACGGUACCGUGCUGAAAAACAGCGGAUCGGUGCUCUCCCUUGUCAUAAUAAUUUCGUUGGUAAUCGAUUCUUCCCUUCUUCUUCCUGGGUGUUUUUUGAUCUUAUGGAUGCCAUGGAAAUUGGACCCGGGCCUGGAUCCGGAUCCACUACUAUUAUUAAUAAUGGUAUCAAUAGCAAUAAUAAUAAUGUCAAUUUGCAAAACCUGUCAAAGGAUAAUCUGCAGAAUCAUCUGCAAAACGGCGUGUUUGUGAAAGAGGAGAAAAACAGGGGAAAAGAUGAUUUAGGGAAGUAUUUUGAUGAGAUUUUGAUGGGUAUGGGUAAAGGUGGAAGUGGUAGUGGAGGUGGAGCUCCGAUUAAAUUUAAGGUUAAGAAUCAUCAAAAUAAUAUUAAUAAUCAUGAUAGGUAUUUUGAUGAUCCUAAUCAAAAUAAGUAUGAAGGGUAUGAUUAUGAUGGUGGGAAUAAUGGGAGAAGUAACUAUGCAUCUGGGUUUACUAAUAAGAGAAGGUUUGGGGAGGAUUUGUCAUCUUCAAAAAUGGCAUUUCUUAAUAAUGGGGGUUCAUCCUCAUCAAAGAAGGGAUUGGGUUCGGGUUCGGGUAUGGGACCCGGACCGGGCUCAAGGGUAAGAGGGAGGGAUCCCGGGGCGGGGGAGAUGGUGGCGUCGAUAAAGAUGUUAGGCGAGGCGCUUGUGAGGACGGAGAAGGAGAAGCUUGAGAUGAUGCAAGAGAUGGAGAUGAAGUGGAUGGAAAUGGAGAUGAAGAGAACUCAAAUGAUUCUUGAAGCUCAACACAAUAUUGUGAAUGCUUUUGUUCAAGGGUUUAAGAAACAAAAGAAGGUCAAAGUUAUGGAAGUUGAGUGA